UCCAUGAGGCGCCUCGCGAAAUUUAGAUAGAUCCUAAAAGACACGUUCGCGGAAAAAAUCCUUAGGACGAUUGUGUUCCGAUUGAGUAAGAGUGCACAGUGAAAUCGUCCAUCCUUUCGUCGAGCUUUCGAUUGGUGUGCUAAACGAUCGAACGCAAAAACGCAUAAUAAUGACGAUAACAAUGAUAUUACUACUAUUCGCAACAUCGACGGUCAGUUCUCUGCCGCUCGCCAAUGUGCAUGUGAAAUUCGUAUCGCCUUCCAAUGUACAUGAGCACAGCAUCACAACAGACGGGGAUCGAACAUUGGCUCAAAAAUCAUUCAUCUCGAUCGGUCGAAGAAACUCGGCGAAGCAUUCUAAGGAUCUCGAUUAUAAUUAUAGAACGAAUCUACGACAAAGUCACUUACAGCAGAUAUCGAGUACUGAAAAUGCUGAAUCCUUGUGGCCGGUCGGUGUCUUUCUGCCACCGAUUGACAUUAAUGACCUCGGAUAUAGCUGGCACGAGAUGCAACGUGGUCUUCCUAAUUUCUACAAAUUGGAGGGACGAGAUCCGUAUUUAUUAACCGGCCGUGAAGCGAUGAUGGCAGUUAAAUAUCUCUAUGGAUUAGGUGAGCUUUUCUUCGAUGAUUAUCCGCAUGCAAAAGCACUGCUGCGAAAUCAGGAAGAAAGGAGAUUAAAUGGUUUGCACGGACAAAAUCUAGGCAGUUUAAAUCCUAGAUCCCCAUUUCACAGACAUGUGUCGAGAAGCAAAUAAGCUAAGAGAAUGAUUCGAUUGAAAAAAGUUAUUUAUACUCAAUAGAAAUAUUUCUGUGCUCUGAGAAAUUAUAUAUAAGUUUAAUUUGCAAUAUAUGAAAUUUUUACAAAUAAA